AUGGUACAAAAGCGAGGUGAGAUUGGUUUUGAGGACAGCAAGGAAGCUAUUGAAGCUGAGAAAUUAUCACUCUGGAAAAAGCACUUACAAAAACGCUUUGCCAAGUUGGUAAAAGAAGAUCGCCAGUUGAUUCCUCAAACAGUUCGCGAUGAAUACGCACGAAAAGUUGAGACGGGUGAAAUCAACUUUACAACAUCAACAGCAAAGAACAAGAAAGCAAAUGCAGGUCGUGCCGGACGUGCAGCAGGAUCUUCUAUCCUUACCAAGACAACUUCUACGAGAGCAGAAACUACAUCAAGUGCAAAUGCAGCGAAUGCGAAGCCAAAUCAGAAUGUUGGCGCUGCGGCAUCUUCAUCAUCUUCAUCACGAGCAAAAAAUAAUCGGCCCACUACCACAGCCGCUCCUGCUAGUAGUUCUAGCCAGCUCUCCACUUUCAACACGCAAGAGCUCCCCGACUCAGACGUCGCGGAAGACCACGACUUAGAAGACCAUGGUCAUGGAGACGCACGUGAAUCAUCAUCGUCGUCGGAGGAGGAGGAUGAUGGGUCUUCAUCAUCACAUUCAGAAGCAGGAGUUGGAGUUGCUGAAUCCCCUGGUAAAAAGUUGCCGCUUGGCGUCCCUGCGACAGAGCUACUCCUUAACGCAGAAGACCAAGAGCAAAGUAGAUCCCCCUUACCAGGCUCUGCAAUGAAGAGACUCAAGACUGCAGGUGACGGUGAAACAGAAGUAGAAGAUACGAGUGGACGAGUCACAACAAGCC